UUCAUGAUCAAUGCCCCAGCCUGAUCCCGCUGUUACUCUCACGAUUGACUCACUGAAUGUAGAGUGCAUUGGACACAAGGUUCGCGUGGCCGGCAGGAUAUUAUCUUACGAUGAAGAAGCAGCCGUGCUCUUGCUCUAUGAUUCUCCGCAUGCUAUCUUAACAGAUGUAUCUCUUUGCAUUGACCCUGAAGCACUUCUUUCCCCUGAGCUGGCAAUAAAUCCGAGGACAGCAGAGGCCAUGGAGACUGUGAGCCAAAAGACAAAGAACGCGAGGCACUGGUCCCGGUGCAUGAAGGAGUACGCGUGGAUUGUUGGCUACCUCGAACAAUCAUACACUGAGCUCCCUAUACCUGCGCUACCUGGAUUCUUGCCUCUCCCGGAUAUUGACACUGCCUUGGUUCUGCGGGCACUCAGUGUCACAGUCGCAGAGGGACUUGAUGUUGGCCUUUUGCGCGGCCGCGAGGAGUCCAUGGGAGGCGGGCGCCCGUAUUGCGCCUCGACUAUCGCUCGAGUUGCUCCAAUGAGAAAGUCAGUGGAAAUCAUGUCUCAUCGGACCGGAGAUGAGGGGUUAAGCGAGGCCAAUUGGUCCGAAAUAGAUUCCGCGCUCCGCGUUCCUGGUUCUCUCCGGUCCAGCCGUGUCUUGAGUCUGUGCAGGACGCGACGCACGACGACCACAGAGGAAACGCGAAGACUCAAGUUCAUGCACAUUAGUGUACCAUUGGAAACGAGGCUGCUGGCAAGUAGUGAAAGGAUUAGUAUGAUGCGGAUGUACCUGCUAUGGGCUGGUAUCCGAAUCAGGAACUGGUUAGAGCAUGCCCUGCCUCACCUGCUGAUACCUUUCCAUCCCAUCUCCUUCCAACCCUCUAGUCCUCCAGUUUUGAUAGGCAAUAGCCCCGCAUACCCAGUCACACCUAUCGCCGAACACACCAGUCUUGUCUUCGAUCUUGAUCGUACAGUGCCAUCUGAUUCUAGGAUACCAAUAUCAGCAGUACGACCUGGGAGUUAUGCUGAGGGCAGUCAGCUUCCCUCAGUGCGUCCCGCAAAACACAGGGAAACUGUACGUUACGAUCCGCUUCACAUACUCUCUCGGACUGCUCCCGCACCCCGCCUGCCCAUCUACACCCAAUCUGCUGAAGUGACGCCGGGCGUCCUCCCAGAUGGAGUCUUAACUGGUCAAUAUCCACCCGUACGUCAGUUUCUCGCGGCGGCUGAGACUGCAGCCCCUGCCAGCCCCUCUCUUCCCGAUGACGUUCGUGUCUCCGCCCUGGCUGCGCUAGCCGUCUUCUACAAUCCCAUGCACCCUGCACACUGGGUUUUCUGGAAUGAUCUUCAACAAGACGAGACUGCACAACUCGUGCAAACCGUUCUAGACGUUACACCCCGACCAAUUGUGUCAUCAGUUGGGUGGAUUGACAAACAUUACAUGCUCAACAUCCUGGGCUGCAUCCAAUCCAUCGUGCACAAUCACAAACUCCUUUCUGAACAAGAGUGGUUUGCGGCAUACCCCGGCCCCGGUACACCCGCAGCCCGAAAACUUCGGAAGCGAAAGCUACGAGUUUCUAGCAUCUCUGGUGAUGAUGCCGGAAGCGAUAUCGAAGGGGUUGAAGGUGGCACACUGGGCACACUCCGCAAACGAAUCAAGGCUCGCAAGCCUGCUACCCGCAGUCGACGACUUGCCAAUCCUCAACCGUCAGCAGAUGAAGAAGCUGGUACCUCUGUCGUCGAAGAUGCUUCUCAGCCUACGCAACUUCUGUUGUUCUCGAAUGAACCUCUUCUUACGAGAGCCGCCAAGCGCGAGCGGAUGGGGGCGUCUUCAGAAGACAAAGCCAUUAUCAUGUCUGAGGAAGCUGAGGAACAAAGCGAGCCUGAAGAAGCUCCCCAGACGCGAACCAGCCUCCGUCAGCGUGAGCGACGCGCCAAAGCCAAUACCUCCCCUCUUUCUUCUGUAUCCACACUUACUCCUGCGCAUUCUCGUGAAUCUACCUCAAUAUCACACGAACUGUUAGAAGACGCCGAAGAAAUACUUGGUGACGUCUCGGGCUCGAGUACUGCGGCUAGCCCUGAUGAGGAUUUGUACAAGAGCAAUAGCAAAGGAAAACCUUUUGAAGAUAGCAGCGAGGAGGCUGAAGGCGAAGAUCCUAAAUUACAACACAAGCUCCCAAAGAAAUCGGUUACGCGCCUUGCGGGCAAGAAGCUUGUCAGUAUGGUGGAAACACUUAUUGGAAACGAAGGUGUCACGAGCAAGAUAAUGACCGACUCUCAGCCGCGUCCCAGACAACGCACGAAGAACAGCAAGUCCCGGCGGCGUUAGAUGCGCGUCUUUUCGUACCACCCAUUCCCAUACUACCCAUUCCCAUCUCGCUAUCUCGCUGCUGCCAUCAUCAUUCACCAUACCCUUGUAUCAUUACUGAUCAUUUUCAAAUCUCUCAACGUCUCUAUCU